AGGCUUCCCAUCGCACCCUCAUCUUACGCCUAGCGAUAUUCCACGCUUCAUAGAUCCCCUAUUGGGCAUGCAUGUUCUGUAGUAUAUUUGGAUUCCUUCUCGCCAUCGACCCUUCCCCGGCGACGUCGACCCUUGGAUAGUACCUCCCCUGUUUCGCGCCUCCGCGACAAGUUGGAAGUAACCACGAAUCGCCUCGAUCGAAAGCUCGCAGGACCUCCCCAGGUCGCGGUUCGCUGUUGGUUAUUGCGAACAAGAUGAUGACCACAAGCUAUCCCGGCAUGCAAAAUCCGGGAAUGCCACAUGCCCAUCCCAUGGGUGCGCCAGGUCCGAAUCCUGGCCAUCCGGGCAUGCCUCAGGGCAUGCAGAUGCACCCAGGAGCAUCGGGUCCAGGUGGACCAGCUGCUCAUGCCGGCCCCAUGAUGGCAGGAAUGCCACCGGGCGUCGGUCCGAGUGCGCAUGCACUUUCACAUCUGCAGCCGCAGCAGGCGCACAUGUUCCAGCAACAGCAGCAGCAGCAACAUGGACACAUGCAGAUGAACCCCCAGCAACUCAUGCAACAGAGAACUCACAAUGCCCAACAAGCAUAUAUACGACAGCAGCAGAUGAUGGCACAACAACAGCAGCAGCAGCAGCAACAGCAGCAGCAGCAACAACAACAACAUAACGGUAUGGGUAUGGGUUUCCCAAACAUGGGCGGAAUGAAUCCGCAACAGCUCAUGCAGCAGAACAUGGGCGCGCCUUUUGUCAAUCUGCCUGCGCAUCUUCGUCAGCAAAUGCAAAUAUCGCAGAUGCAACAUCAGCAGCAAACCCAGCAGGCACAACAAGCACAGCAAGCACAGCAACAACAUGCACAGCAACAGCAACAGCAGCAGGCUCAGCAGGCACAACAGGCACAACAGGCUACGGGAAAUCCCCAAGCGCAAGCUAUGGCAGCUGCCCAGGCCCAAGCUCAGCAGGCUGCUCAUGCUCAACAAGCGCAGAUGCAGCAACACGCCAUUGCCAUGCAGCACGCCCAGUCGCAGUCGAGCAAUCACAGUCAGUCCGGCAGCCAAGGGCCCCCUACGACAACACAACCUCAGCAAACCCCUCUUCGCCCUCCCUCGGCCGUCGGGAGUCAUCAAGGACAAGCAUCUCCUGCCCCUCAAUCCACACCCCAACAACAGCCUCAACCGGGUCCUCAACCUCCGCAACCAACACCCGCUCAAAACCAGCCACCAAACGGACCUCAGCAACCAAAUCAACAACCGCCAAAUCCGCAGAUGCAGCAACGAAAUCCCAGCAUGCCUCAAGGUCAGCCAGGCCAGCAAGGUCAACAAGGCCAGCAGGCACCUCAAGGUCCGCCGCAGGCCCAAGCCCAGGCACAAGCUCAAGCUCAAGCCCAGGCACAAGCGCAAGCGCAAGCUCAGGCGCAGGCACAUGCUCACGCUCAAGCUCAAGCUCAAGCUCAAGCAUCACAGGCACGUCUGGCCAUGAUGCCUAGAUCAUCCAACGGGCAAGGAACCCUCAAGUUGUUGAACUUUGUCGAUCAAUUAUCCCGAUUCAGUACUUCCCGAGGUGUCAAUUCAAUUGAAUACUGGCAAAACUUUGUAGCUCGAUUCUUCACCGAAAGCGGCUCGUUCCUCCAUACGCUAUGGUCAGACCACACUCACGGAACUAAGAUGUUUGAGAUUGUGUAUGGCUCAUUACCCCGAUACCUCUAUACACAGUUCAAUACCGAAGUAGAGAAUCUGCAGAUCACUAUCGACGGAGCGAACGAGAAGACCAUACAGUCAGAAGUCAAGGUCACUUGCGAUCGGGCCAAAUUCAUCUACACGUACAAGGGGGCUUGUCCGAUCCAGGUUGUCUGCCGGGGCAAAUUGACCGCUUUCUGGACAGGCUCUGACAAGAUGGAAUGGCUACAGUUCGACAUGGAAGAGCACUCCCAGUAUCUUCACCGUUCAUCCCUGGAGUCACUCUUCGCUCAGCCAUCACCAAGUCAAUUGAGUCAGACGGCCUCUCCCAAGAUGAAUAAGUCAUCCAAGGCGAGGCAGCAGCAACAACAACGUCUUCUCAGCGAAAGCAUGGAGCCCAUUUUGAAGAAGUCCGACAUCCCCAUGGUCAAGAUAUCCGAAUUCGGGAUCCCCGCCGCCCUCCAGAACUACCUUGAAAUCAACGAGACCAUGAACAAUAUGACCAACGUCAUGACCCACUACCAGGAGAACCCUCAGUUCGACCCCAUACAGGCCAUGUCACAUUGGGUUCAGGCCAUGUCGGUUUCCAACCCAACAAUGGCGCAACAAGCUGGGCCGGGCGCGCAUCCUCAGAUGGUCAACAUGCCCCCGAACCAAGGAAUGCAACCUCCCCAGCCCGGCAUGGCUCCCGGUGCACGAACGCCAUCAGGCCCAGGUCAACCAGGAGGCCCUCAAUUCAUGUCCCCAGCCAUGUCCAACUCUCUCUUGCCCAACGGGAUGACGGGUUCGCCUCAUCUGAUGAAUUCGAGCCACACCCCGUCUCCGGCAUCGCAUCCCAUGCAAAGCUCGCUCAGCCAACAAGGCAACGCCGUCGGCCAGAAUACGUCUCCAAGCGCCGGCAACAAGAGGCGGAGGAGUACCGUGAAGGUGGACGUCGAUGACGGUGGCGGAGCCGAAGUGAACGGUGCCCAGAAGGUCAAACCAAGCCCUCGAAUGGGCGGAAACAAGAGGAUAAAGGGCAGCAACAACUGAGGCUGACGUCCUGAGCGAUGUAUCCAACUCCCUGGCCCGGAUCUCGACCACUCAGCCAUCCGCGCACCCUGGGCGACUCGUCCCCAUCCUGUCU